AUGGGAGCCAACCAGCGUGUCAAAACCAAGUACGUCUUCCGUCUUCCGAUUCCCUUCCUUAAGACAAAGCGAAUAAACGUGAAAGGGGAUCGCGUAGAAGACGAAGCAGAUGACACGGAUGAGGGCGUCUACGCCAACGCGGGGGCCAAUGUUCCGCAUACAGUUCGCGUGCGGUACAAUUCAGGAUCAGGAUCAGAGUCAGAUUCAGAAAUGGAAUCGGAGGUUGGAUCUGUUGAGUAUGCCGGCGUGGACAUGGAUACCAACAUCGACCCCCUAGAUACCAGCGUCCCUACACCCUCCAGGCAUAGACAUACACAGAGAAAAAGACUGAUCAGCUGGGACGGUGUCAGAGAGCAAGGUCGAAGUCGAUGGACGAUAGAGCAGGAAGAGAAACUUGCUCAUGCGCGAGUGGAACUGGCACGGUGCCAGAAAGCUUGGAGCUCAGAACAGGAGAUUUGGCUGCAGUGUAUCGAUAAUUUGGUCGAAGAAAAGACGGCGCACGAGGGCUUCCUUAGCAACCGUCGGAAGCACAGUAGUGAUGAGCAGGUUCACUUCCGGACAUGGCCAAGGACAACCACAACGCUUGAGUCGGGCCCAGAGGACGACGAGUUUGCCGGUGCGAUUGAGGAGUUUCCGGGGACGGAGCUGAGGGCGAAGCGAGAUAAGGGCAGCGUUAGACCAGCGACACCAGGCGGAGAUCGGAGAACGGAGAUGGAUCAUAGGCUAGCGAUUCGCGAGGGGCUUAUCGGUCAUGAUCCCUUGGCCAGGACGAGUGAGCUGCCUCCUAGUAGUGGAGAUUGA